AAAACAAUGAAGUGGCACCUCUAAAGUUGAGGCUUCUGGGAAAAAAAGGACAUAAUGCUAGAACAUAUAAUCUUCCUACGGCCUCAAAAGUAGCAACGCUUAUUGUGGGGGGUUUCGAUGCAUCCAGUGGUGAGAGAGAUAUAAUAGUAGAAACACAAUCAAAUGCUCUAAAGCGUGUGUCUGUUUUGAGCUCAGCGUAUUUUCCAUUACAAUACCCAUUGUUGUUCCCAAGGGGAGAGCAAGGAUAUACAAAUGAUAUCUCAUUAAACGAGACUCAAAGUGCAAGAUCACAUAAGAGGCACAAGGUUUCAAUGAUAGAGUUCUAUGCUUACAGAUUUCAAAAUCGAGAUACUGAACAAGCAUGUUUUUUGUUUUCAAAACGCCUGUUUCAACAAUUGUUGGUGGACGUACAUAGUAUAGUUGAAUCAACUCGAUUGUACUAUUACAGAACUCAUCAAAAGGAAGUUAGGGCGGACAUGUAUAAAGAAAUCGAAGAGGCCGUCCUAAGGGGUGAUACAAAUCCGGCGCCUGUGGGUAAACACAUUGUGCUACCAUCAUCUUUUACGGGUGGUGCACGAUACAUGUUUCAGAAUUAUCAAGACGAUAUGGCAAUAUGCCGCUAGAUGGGCUAUCCUGAUUUAUUCAUUACAUUCACAUGCAAUCAAAACUGGCCUGAACUCUCUAGAUAUUUGAGGGCCCAAGGACUGAAAUCUGAAGAUAGACCCGACUUGAUUUGUCGCGUUUUCAAAAAUUAACUUGAUGAGAUGAUUAAAGAGAUCAAAGGAGGGAAAGUUUUUGGAUUAGUGAGGGCAGUAUAGGUAUCCACAUCCAAAUGAUAUUGAUAAGAUUAUAUCAGCUGAGCUACCGGAUGAAGAGAGUGACCCCGAAUUGCUAAAGAUUGUCUCAACUUUUGGUCCAUAGUCCGUGUGGGUUGCAGAAUAAGAAAUCACCGUGCAUAUAUGUAGA